AUGGUUUCAAACAAUGCUGUUCCGAUGAAGUUAGAAAGUUCUGACAGAAGAUAUGUAGUUGUCAGAACGUCAGAAGCUCAUAUGCAAGAUACAGAAUAUUUUGACGACUUAGCAGAAACUUUGACACCUAACUUUUACAACCACUUGUUCUCAUAUUUCAUGACAUUAGAUAUUUCUAAGUUCAAUCCAAGACAAAUUCCACAUACCGAAGAGAGACAAACAUUGUUAGAAGCAAACAAGAGUGUAUAUGAACUGUUUAUAGAUGAAACUGACUUUGAGUGUUUAGAUGAAAGGUCAUUGUACGAUUCAUAUAAACAGUAUUGUCAAGAGUAUGGUUAUAUGACAGCGUCUAAACGAACAUUCUUGGCAAAUGUCAAAAAUCUUUUAGAUGUUCAGAACGGCGUAUAUACAAAGAAAAAUUUUUCUGAGUAA